AUGAGGGCUAAUAAAACUGGGAAACAGGGUAACUAUGUGAGAAUGCUGUUUGUUGAUUACAGUUCAGCGUUUAACACAAUAGUGCCCUGCAGACUGUUCACAAAGCUCAGGGAUCUGGGACUCAACAGCCGUCUGUGUGCAUGGGUGUUGGACUUCCUCACUGGCAGAACUCAGGUGGUGAGGGUGGGUAGAUGCGUCUCUAACAGCAUCACCAUCAACACAGGAGCACCUCAGGGAUGUGUCCUCUCGCCACUGCUCUACUCCCUCUACACUUCAGACUGUGUGAUCACCCAUGGCUCCAACACCAUUGUGAAGUUUGCUGACGACACAGUGGUGUUGGGUGCCAUCUCCAACAAUGAUGAGGCGGCCUACAUGGAUGAAGUGAAGAAUCUGGCAUCAUGGUGCCAGGACAACCACCUCCAGCUGAACGUUGCAUUCGACCUGAGGAACCGCUCUGACAUCAACAAAGAAAACUCCUCACCCCAGUCUACCGUGAUCCCAUUUGUGAGAGUUCCUUCAAACUGUCGGAGAGAUUUCAGCCUGCUGAUGUUUGACCCUGAUGGGGAUCAGGUUAAAUGCAGAUAUGGAAACUCCUCACUCUCAGAGUGUAACGGCUGUGAUCCACCAUCUGUCCUCAGCCUCUCAUCAUCCACUUGUACCCUGUCGUUCGGCCCCACUGCCGACAGUAAUGUGGGCUCCUAUGGAGUACAGCUGCUGAUGGAGGACUUUCCCAUGAAGAACAUCACCAUGACUGGAGUCAAUGGCACAAAUACAACACAAACACCUAACGAUGCUCUCAGCAAAGUACCGAUCCAGUUUGUUCUGAUAGUGGAUCCCCAGGUCUCAUCCUGCACAGAGGGAGACUUUUUGCCCAAAUUCUUGCCUCCAACCCCAAACAACAGAGCUCGGCUCUACACGCCUGUUGAUAAGACUCUGGAAAUCAGCAUCAGUGCAGAGGCACAAAACUCCACGAUCUCUGAGCUGCUGUUCAGCGGACCAUAUGAUGCAAUUCAGAAUAAAACUGGACCAGGAAAGUUCACCCUGACAUGGACGCCAUCUAAAUCACAAGACAAUGACACCCUCCCCUUCUGCUUUGUUGUCCAGGCACUUUCCAAGGAAACCAAGUAUCACUCAGACCUUCGAUGUGUCAGCGUGACUGUUGGAAAUAGUCCUGUUAGUAGUGCCCCAGCCAGUGCUUCAGCUUUUGUCCUGGUCAUGGGAUCUUUCCUUUCAACUCUUGUUCUUGCCUUACCUUCCAUAUGAAUAUGGAUAAAAUCAGAGAUUGAAGAUGUACCUGACUCUGGAUUGAUGCAACAGUAUCACCCUCUACUGUUACAACAUGAAUGUCAUCUGACUCUGCACAAAUAACUUUUUUCAAGUUUCUUUAAGUUUUAUUCCAACCAAUGUAAUCCAAGCACUAAGUGGAGUUUUUACUCACUUGUCCUCGCUUGUUCCAGUCGAUUUAUUGAAUUGAUGUAAAUUUCAUUUCUGAUAGUUUACCUUGAUUUAUUAUAUCAAGUUAUUAAUCGCAUCAUCUGUAACAACACCUCCUAUUAGUCCACAAACUACUACACUUUAACCAACACUUUCUAGUCAACUAAACACUACUUUUACAAACCUUUCAAAAACAACAUUCCCAGGCAAUACUCCUGUUUAUGAGUAUGAAUUACAGAUAGUAACUGUUACCAAACACUAAAGCUUCAUAGACAAGAGCAAAAACUAAACUUGCAUGCUUUAAUGACCAUUAAAA